UGCCAUAGCCCUUUUAUCGUUACUUCUAUUCGAGUUUGCGCACAAUUCAUCCCAAUAUGGAUUCCUGAGUUGGGCAAGUCUUCCAGCAACGUGAUGGUGAACCAUUUGAAGAUAAUUUCUGUAGAAAUUUCAAGAAAAGAAAGUAAAUCUAUAUAAUAUCUUAACAGAAGAAUACGUUUGUUGAGUAUAUCAACAUUUGAAAAUUUUCAUUUGAAUUAAUAUAAAAAUAUCAUCGUAAUCGAGCCUAAACGUUUUAUCGUUAAUAACUACGUAAUUAAUUGAUUGAUUCAUCAAAGGUACAUACUCGUAGUUAGAGACUCCUAAAGUACUGUUACGUGAUUGAUCCUGUAUAAUGUCUGAAGCCUACAAUUAUGCUGUCGAGAGAGCAGAAUUACUUGGUUUGCCUAUUCCCAAUUUCGAAGAAUGGACUGAAAAUCAAAAAGCACAGGAGGCUAAUAAUGCCGAACCCGGGGACGAUGAUGACGCGAUCCUUCAGAAUUUGGACAGUUCGAACGAAAGUGCUCAAAGAGUUAGCGGUGGAUUAGAUGAAUUGAAUAGCAUUUUAAAUGUAACUCAAAAAAAAAUCAACAGAUUUAAGACCGUUUGUGGUAGUCUGAGUACGUUGCUCAAAGUGAAGGUAGGAUCACGUAGUGGUACACCAAAUCACAAAUCAUUGGAACAUGAUAAAGUAAAAGAAGGAAAAGAAGAACAAAUAACGUUACCAACGGAAGAAGAAGAAAGUAUGACAGUCGAUUUAUCGGAGAAUUCGAAAAAUCCCAUAAUUUCUGAUGAAAGUAACGAUAACAUUGCGAUGACUAAAAAAAUUGACAUCAAUGCAAAAAUGGGCUCACAUUUGGGCAAAUUAGAUUCUUUGAUAACUAAAGCCGAAAAUGCUCAAUACAGUAUGCAACAUCAGACGAAACAAAUGAGAAAAUUUUUAAAAUAAUUUUAUUAUUCCAAUCAAUUUCGCUGUUAUAUACUAUCGAAAUAUCUAUCUAGUUUAAUUUUUAUCUACUAUUUGGACUAUCUCGUAAUGAAAUAUCUACGUCAUUUGAUAAUAAGUUAUUGCGCGAUAACGUUGAAGCUUAGUACAUAUGUAUUUAUAUCGUUAUUAUGCAUUUGAAAUAUUUAAAAUGAAGACGUUACAACUAACAAUUUAAAA